UGCCUUUACGGGUUAUUGUUGCGCUGUGAACGUUCGAGAAACGAAGGAAGUUUUUUUGCUUAGCUUGUAUUUCGAUUUAUUUUCCUUUUAUUGCACCAUAACUACUUUAUGACCAGUUGACAGGACGGUUAAGAGUCGAUACUCUGAGUUUUAAACGUUUGGAGGUUUUUUUGACCUCUUACUUGGGAAGAUUGAGCUAAAAAAAUCUCGGAUGAUAGAAGAGCGUGUACACGGAGUCAAACGUAAAUUAAGCGAUGCAGAUGGAGACUUGCAGACUCGUUGCUACCAACGACAAACCAUUUUCGAUAUUUCACUCUGCAAGCUCCGCAAGAACUACUGCAAURGCGAGCCAAUGCUCAGCAAGACGGUGCUCAUAGCAAACACUAUAAAAUUAAUAGAAGAGGAUAUAGAAGAAGAGAGGGCGCAAAUCAAGCAGUUGUUAUGUGAUGUACCUUGCUCGAGUCAUUCUAGCGACAGUCGUCUUGGCGCUCGAAUGAUCGGCUCUCACAAUGGAUCUCUGCUUCAAAACAGAUCUCGUGAAGCGCUUAACAAGCCAAUGGAUCUAAUUCACUUUGAAGAAGAAAUAAACUUGUUGGGAGAUAAAAUUGUUCGGGAAUUGGGACUGGACUGUUGUAAGGUUUACGAGGAACGAAGGGAACAACACACGUCGGAAAACACUGACACCACUGACUCAAACAACAAUGCGAGCAGCGAGAAGGCCAGUGAUUUAGAACGCGAAAUCGUUAGCUGUAGCUCGCUUUUGGGGCUUGAGUUAACUGACGAGCUUGAGUUUGGAGAUAUAGAUUUGUCUUUGUACGAUUUCGAUACUUGUAAUGCUGCCGGUUUGUCGGUAGAAGUAGAAGAGCUUUGCGCCGCCUGGGGGYUUUCGAAUUCAUUGACAGCACGAUGCGGCGAGAGUAUGAAGAGAGAAAGAACGAAUGAAAACUUUGAUGAACUGGAUCAAGUUAUGCAAAUCCUCGUUGGUUCAUAGAAAAAAGUGAACCAAGAACGUUAAACAAUGACAAUCUUUCUUAAUCUAUAUGUUUCUGAUUCGUACGAGCUUUUAGAAUCUCAUUAAUUCAAACACUGAAAUGGUUUCUUUGGACAUCGCUCACUAGCCUUUUCACAUCGCUUUAAAAGCUUUUCGUUUCCAAAUUUUUGAAAAAAUUAAACUUUCCAAAAAAGUCAGGCGCCUUUUCAAAAACAGUUUAGCAUUAACAAACAUUCUGCAAACACUGCGGAGUGAUCAUUUAGUGAGACUAAAGUUAUUUAUAUUUCAAAUUUUACGAGUCUCGAGUUUUGGCCGUCCUUUUCCUAAAUGAAUAUUUUAUGACAUUCAAAAAUGGCCAGUAGGAAUCUAUUUUUUUCAUAUAAAAAUAUACAUACUUCUAUAAACAUUAUAGCCUUGAAAUAUUCCAAAGCAUAGGAUAUUUAUUAGCGGAUCAGCUUCUUGUUGAAGUACCAAAAUAGAAAAUUUAUAAACUGUAAAUGUUUAUAAAGACAUGCUAGGUAUCAUUGUACAGAUAUGACACAUAAAUUAAAACUAUAAAUAUCAGCCAAAAUUUGGUAUCGCUAAAGAUUUCUGCUCAUAGUAGGAAUAGACAUUUUGUCAGGUAUUGUCCAUAGUAGGUUGUAUAGCUUCAAAUUUGUAAAGUAUAUAGAAUAGCAAUUUUUUAAAUGAAUAAAUUAUCCAUAUUUCCAA